AUGGACGAGGAUCUAUCAGGCCUGCCGAGUAAUCAAACGAUAUGCCCAGCAAAGGAUAAACACUGUCUACAGUCAGGUUUGGUCAAAACGCAUAAUUAUACGACGCCGACGCCGCAGUCGAUAUAUGAGGACAACAAGCUUCUACGGUCGAAAUUGGGCCAAUUAAAGUUGGAAGACAAGGAGAACAAUGCUAAUGCCACGACGACAGAGGAAGAAGAGGAGGAGGACGAAGGCAAGGGGUUUGACGAAGACGCAGACGACAAAUUGGACGUUAAGCUCCAAAAACGGCUCCAACAGGAGUACGAGUUGAAACGUCAUAAGCAUCACGAAAACAACAAUAUCAAUAACAACGAUGAUAGUGUUAAUAGCAAGGACAAUUCCAAAGAUGCUCAGCUGCUGCUACUGCAAAGUCUGCCAUUUGACUUUGAUGAUGACGACGACGACGAGCCGCUAACUCCACCCGAGAAUUUCGCAUUGGUGAUUGGAUCCAUUUACCGAAGUUCGUUCCCGCAACCAGCCAAUUUUCCAUUUCUUAAAACCUUGGGCCUCAAACUGGUUCUAUGUCUUAUCCCCGAGGACUACCCGAUUCUACAAGAACAGUUUCUUGCUAACCAAAACAUCAAGUUGUUCCAAUUAGGGAUGUCGGGAAACAAAGAGCCGUUUGUGAAAAUCUCAUCCGAGCUAAUCACGCAGGCAAUCAAGAUUGUUCUCGACCCCGAGAACCAGCCGAUUUUGAUUCAUUGCAAUCGAGGUAAGCAUCGAACCGGGUGUCUUGUUGGCGUGCUAAGACGGUUACAAAACUGGUCUAAAACGAUUAUAUUUGACGAGUAUCGGAAAUUUGCUGCACCAAAGGAACGACCCAUGGACCAGCAGUUUAUCGAAUUGUACGACGAUCGGGAAAUCACCAAAUACUGUAACGAAAGAGGAUUGCUUCCGUUGAAAUGGGGGUAA